GGCGAAUUAACGAUGCUUUGCCCGGCCACUGUCAAUACAGUCAACUAACGAAAACGAGUAUUAAUUUCAUUCUUACAGUUUGGUAGUGAAGGUAUUUUCGCGCCGAAAUGGACAGUAAAGCUGGGUCAUCCAAAAGUAAAAUUAAACCGAUUAUUUUAACAUCUCGUGCUAUAAAAAAGCUUCGACAAAGUGAUGAUUAUGACUCGGAAUGUUCUGGAGAAUAUAGUGAAGAGGAGUUUUCUUCAAGUUCAGUAGGAUCUGGUAGCGACUGUGAUUUAAGUACCUUUAAUUUAAGAUUGAAAAUGAAGACAACCAGCCGUAGACCACGUGCUGAUGAUACACCAGCUCAACCUUCAAGGUCAUUAGCUUCAAAGCGAGGUUUAAGUGAGUCAAACGAUAGCCCUAUUAUCAAAUGUAAGCGAUUGAAACCUAUGUUUAGAGAUGGGCCAACGAGAAUGAAUACACCAGGUUCAAGUGAUACAUCUGCUCAAUCUGCAAAGUUACCAGAUUCAGAUAUUGGUUCCUCAGAAUCAAAGCCAGCGCUUCGCCAACUAAAAUUAGACGGAAAUGCGAUCAAUCCAAACUUGUCGCCAGAGCAUAAUGACGCCUGUGAAACUGCUUUGCCGUAUCCGAGUUCUGAAUGUAGUUCUCCAAACUUACCAAAUGAUAACGGUGAUGUCCCAUUACCUGACCAUUCACCCAAUAACCCACCUUCUCGUCAAGAAGCCACUAUCACCUGGAGCAGUAAUCCAAUUUCAAUGAAAAUUAUUGAUUUUACUAAGAAACAGGAACUUUUAGUGCCACCUCCAACAGAUCCUUACGAAGCGUUCCGUUUGUUAAUUGACGACGAUUUAUUGGAUCUUAUUGUUCGAGAGACGAAUGCAAACGCAUUAAGAGUGCGUACUGCAGAGAAUCUGAAGCAAAAAUCAAGAAUAAAAAAUUGGAAAGAUUUAACUAGGGAAGAACUGCUGACAUUUCUAGGACUCCUUAUUCACACUGGAACAAUUCGGCUAAACCGUAUAAGCGAUUAUUGGAAACGACAUUAUUUAUUUAAUAUUACAUGCUUCGGACAAUUCAUGUCCCGAAACCGUUUUUUACUGAUAUUGCGAUGCCUGCACUUUACAUCUGAAACAAGUGAGAAAGACCAUCUAAAAAAAAUUCGUCCAAUUAUGGACCAUUUUAACAAUAAAAUGAAUACUAUUUAUUGUCCGGGUAAACAGUUGUCAUUGGAUGAGUCCAUGGUUUUGUGGCGCGGUCGAUUGCUGUUCAGACAGUACAUUAGGAAUAAAAGGCAUAAAUAUGGUACUAAGCUUUAUGUCCUAGCUGAGCCAGAUGGUACCAUUUUAAAAUACCAAGUUUACGCAGGUGCAAAUGAUGAGACAUCAGGUCAAGCACAUGCUAGUAAGAUCGUCUUCAAACUCCUAGAAGAGAGGCUAGAUUCUGGCCACCAUGUUUAUAUGGAUAAUUACUACAACUCAUAUGGUUUGGCUGUGAAAUUACUAGAUCGACAGACGUACUGCACAGGAACGUUGAGGAAAAACCGCAAAGAUAAUCCUGUUGAUAUUGGAACUAUCUCAUUGAAAAAAGGGGAAAACAAAUCCUUAUUCUUGAAUGGUGUUCAUAUUGGAAAAUGGAGGGGUAAACGUUACGUACUGUAUAUUUCCACAGAAUAUGAUGACCAGAUGAUGGAAACUACUUCCACAAGGGGAUCUGUAGCACUGAAACCAAUGGCAAUCGUUCAUUAUAAUAAUUUUAUGUCGGGCGUAGAUCUUCAAGAUCAGAUGCUGGCUUAUUAUCCAGUCCAAAGAAAGACCCUGCGCUGGUACAAGAAGCUGUUUGUGCAUACGCUGCAAAUGAGCCUCAGUAAUGCAUUUUACUUGUACAACAAAUUUUCGGCGAAUAAUAAAAUGAAUCUAUAUGAUUUCCGUUUGAAGAUACUGGAAAUGCUUCUACCUGAUCCAAAUGAAUUCAAUCGACGCAAUGUUUUGAAAGUGAAGCACGAACUCACUAAAAUAGAAAAGACCCGAGCGAGAAUAAAGAAAGUCGGGAGUGUCGUGAAAGAAACCACCGAAGUGGCCCGAAAAGAAUGCAAAGGCUGCAAAGCACAGAAAAAGAGGGUGCAAACAAUUUACGAAUGUAAGCAAUGUGAAGGUUCUCCAGGUUUCUGCACAAAAUGUUUCUGCCUAGCACAUUCUUAAGUUUUUGAAAUUGCCUUUUUACACGCUUUAUAUUAGCUUCACUUUGUAUGUUUGUAUGGUUGUAUGUUUGUAGCCGACUUCUUUGGGCGCGACUUUGACCCACUUUAAACGGCUAGAUUUCGUUCAAACUUUGUAGAUUUAUCGAGGACCGAUGACAUUACACUAAUUUGAGAAAAUUAUUAAAUUUUUCAAUUGCAAAAUAUGAUUUUUGUUAAUUUAUAUAAUUUUUAAAUAAUUUAUAUAUAAUUUGUUGAUGUAAAGAGAUCACUCAUUUUUGCUAGUAACUUUUUUUUUAGAUUCCGAUUUUGUUUCAGUUCUUUGUACUGUUCUUUGAUCUUUAUAAAUAAACAUAUAAUUUUGCUCAGAUUUCUUAAUGUCUUCCUAAAUAAAUAAUUCUCCAAAUGCCGUGCCGUUAAUGUGGUGCAAUACCAGUGGACACCCAGGAGCAUGCCAGCCUUUAAGGUAGAUGGGAGUGCUUUUUUGAACAGAAAUUUCCUGGAAAUACGGCAAAAGAAAAAACUCAGUCCAUCUUUGAUAAGACGUAGAAGUUUCUGAAGAGCUGCACACUGAAGACAGCACACAUGAUGAUAACUAUAUUUAAUUUUUAGUUAAUGGCAUGGGGAAUGCUAUAUUGAAGACUUGAAGGUCGGUGUUAUCAAGUGAAGCGUCUCAUCGAGCACUAUUUGCGUGAGUACCGCAAUGAAGCACGCAAAAGCUAGGGCACGUAACAUCGUACGAUCGACACGUACAAAGUAUCGUCUCAAUAGGGCUACUGGAAACCCAAGCGCUGGCAGCUAUUUCGGUCAACGGAUCAGCCUAGCUAUCCAACGCAGAAUUGCUGACAGUGUUCUUGGUACACUUCCUCGUAAUGAUAUUGUCAAUUUCAUGUAAUAAGUAAUAAUAAUGUUAAGUAUUGUAAAUAUAUUUUACUAGCUUACCCGACAGACGUUGUUCUGUACAUACUAAAUAAAAUACUGUUUUUUAUGAAUUUUUCAAUAAUAUUUCAUAACAUCAAGGAUUAUUUCGUAAAAUAUGUUAUAAUGAAUAUGAAAUUGUUUCACAGCAGAACUGUCAAACCGUGGGUCACUAGAUUCUCUCAUAGAAAAUAUAUCCAUACAAAACAAAUAUUAGAAAUAAAAAUUAGAGUUGUGUCGGGUCUAGGCGAAGCCGAUCAUUGGUUUCGGCAGCUCAAGAAAAUCACACCAUACCUUUCCAAUAACAGUAAUUCAACAAACGAUCCAUUGGAGUGGUUGCCAUAAAAUAGCAAACCAAAAAUGACUUGUAUCGCCAUAAUAUACUUUUAUUGUUCCGCCAGCUCUGUCUACAGCUAACGACUAUUUCUGAAACCGGAAAUAUUAUGAGAAAAAAUAAACUUCUAUUUGUUAUCUAAAUAUAAAAAUAUUUUAUGGUUUUCUUUUUCAUUGUUCUUUCUCCUUUUUGGUGAUUGCUAGUCAGCUGAACCGUUCAUUUGUCCCUUAACAAUACUUGUUAAAAAUAUAAUUUUAAUGAAUAAAUUUGUGUAAGAAAGCUUGUUCAUUUAUAUUUUUUUACUUUAUUGAGACGACUUUAUUCACCUAUAUUAUUUAUUAUAAGUUGAAGCAACUACUUUUUAGUAAGUACAUGUGUUAUUACAUUAUUUUCUGGAUCCUCUGUAGAUCUAUUAGUGCAAGAUUAUUGCUAUCGGCCGUUGUGGCCGUUAAAAAAAAGAAUGCUCUUUCUUUUAAUUUUAAAUUAGUGAUGUUUGAUAUCUUAAGAUAGUUUUCUGCGAUUGCAUUGAUUGUGUUUGCUAUAAAUUGUUCAGUAGUUUUCUUCUUAGGUUGAAUACGU